AUGGCGUCGAAGCGUGGCAGGUCCGGAGGCAUUGGCAACAAGUUCCGCAUCUCGUGCGGUCUCCCGGUCGGGGCGGUGAUCAAUUGCGCAGACAACUCUGGCGCAAAGUCUCUCAACAUGAUAGCUGUCAAGAACUGGAAGGGGCAUCUGAACAGGUUCCCGAAAGCCUCUGUUGGCGAUAUGGUCCUUAUCACAGUUGGCCGCGACGGGAAGCCGGAGCUUCGUCGAAAAGUAACACCAGCAGUCGUCGUUCGCCAGCGAAAGGUCUGGCGCCGCAAGGACGGGGUCUGGAUCUACUUCCAGGAUAACGCAGGGGUCAUUAUCAACCCAAAGGGUGAGCUCAAGGGCUCGUCUAUCACGGGGCCCGUGGCUAAGGAAGCAGCGGACAGAUGGCCCAAGAUCUCCACGACGGCUGAGUGCGUCCACUAG